AAACUUAUUAAAUAGACUAAAUGUGUGUGGUUUAAUUUGUUUGAGAUUAAAGGAGGAGUAGAAAAACAGUGGCCAUGUUUCCCCAGCAGUUUGUCUUGUUCUCUGGAAUGUAUAUGCUGCUCAGCUUCUUCAUUGUCGUGCCCCCUCAUGAGGUCAGACAGGCUGGUUUCUCCACCGAGUACCUGUUUGCAUCCUACUUGGGCAACGAGAUGCGGGACUUCGUGGGCUACCACAUGCGUAGGAACAGUCUCAACAUGUUGAUCCACUCGUUACUGCCUCUAGGCUUCUACUUCUCAGCAGUCCUCUGUACAGAUUAUUUUUACAAACAUUUGACUGAGACAGCAGUGUACUACUGGGUUGUGUAUGUAUGUGCAAGUGUGUUGGUGGCCCUCUAUGGACUGCUGAGGUUUGUGAGACACUCUGUGAGAAACCACGCCUACCACACACUUGCUAUCUCUCUCGCACACCAAGCCACAGGUUCUACAUCAGUGUCUUCAUCGUCUUUGAGUGUUGGUAAUGUCAGUGGCAGCAGUUCCAGUUUCAACAAUGGUGCCAGAUCUAGUCGAGACAGAGGAACUGGAAGAGGGAGAGGGAACAGUGGCAGUAGCAGUGGGAGGACCUGGACUGUGGUUGCCAAUUCUAUCAAUGCAGAGAUGCUCUCCGAGAGAGACAAGUUCACCAGUGGACCUCACAACUGCAGAGUUUACUGCACACGCAAUUGGCUCAUACAAACUGCAAUCUAUUCAACACACAUGGUGCACAAGAGUGACAUCCACCUGGUGCUGGUUGGGAAGCAGCAGCUGCAAUUUGUAACAGACACCCCCUAUGGAGAAGAGGAGUGGGUGCAGGUGGAAGUGCACAGCAUCAACCGUACCAUCGCCCCCUUCCAACUCAGACUCAGGGCACAGGAGUACCAUGAACUGCGGGAGAGAUUGUCUGCGCCAGUGGUGAAUGCUCGCAACAUAGUGCUGAGUCAGAGCAUCAGCGAAAGAUUUGUGGCCGCAUUCAAAUCCUGUGUAUCCGAGAACGAACCAUUCCGCUCAUUCUCAACUGCCGGCUCUGUGUGUGGGACUAUGGUGGAACAGUGCAUUGGCCUCAAAGGACCUCACAACUGCAGAGUUUACUGCACACGCAAUUGGCUCAUACAAACUGCAAUCUAUUCAAUACACAUGGUGCACAAGAGUGACAUCCACCUGGUGCUGGUUGGGAAGCAGCAGCUGCAAUUUGUAACAGACACCCCCUAUGGAGAAGAGGAGUGGGUGCAGGUGGAAGUGCACAGCAUCAACCGUACCAUCGCCCCCUUCCAACUCAGACUCAGGGCACAGGAGUACCAUGAACUGCGGGAGAGAUUGUCUGCGCCAGUGGUGAAUGCUCGCAACAUAGUGCUGAGUCAGAGCAUCAGCGAAAGAUUUGUGGCCGCAUUCAAAUCCUGUGUAUCCGAGAACGAACCAUUCCGCUCAUUCUCAACUGCCGGCUCUGUGUGUGGGACUAUGGUGGAACAGUGCAUUGGCUGCAGUGUCUCCUUGGCUGAUGUGAAACUCAUAAAGGCCUGUGAGGCGAGAGGCUGUGGGGAGUGCUUUUGCAGACCACUAUGGUGUGUCGUGUGCUUGAGCAAGUGGUUCUGUGCAAGACAGGAUCAGAAUCAACCUCACAAGUGGCUAGAAGGAAGUGCUCCUUGCCCUACAUGCAGAGCCAAGUUCUGUAUUGCCGACGUCUCAUAUAUCCAACACCCAGUGCCUAGUCCAGACGCAGACCAUCACGAUCCACUCACUGAACCUGGAGAGGAUCAGAGUCAGGAUGAAGAAGAGGAAGAAAAUAGUGUGAAAGAGAAAGCAUCGUAGGCAGAUAAUGCUUGUAAUGCUGCUUUGCCUUAGGCUAGAAAGUAAUUUAAGUUCCUAUUGUAAAUAUUUAAUUGUGGUUAGAAGCUAUUAGUACAAAAUUCUAAAUAGGUUCAUGUUUUAUCUCGUGUUUUCGUGAAUAAAAUUUUGAAAAACAUGAAUCAAAGGAUUU